AUGCCUAGUUCUAAGAGAGCCCUUGUGUACUUCCCAACAGAAACCACAACCUGGGACCCUGAGAUGAGCUCAGAGCUCAGAGACAUCCUAGUACUACUGCCUACCUGGGAAGAACUGCGGCUGUCCGUGGAGGACACAGCCACAGGGCAAGAGCUCUUCCGGCAGGUGUGUGAUAUGGUACGCAUUCGAGAAGCCCACAUUUUCGGCCUCAGCGUCAUCAGAAACAAUGAGUACGUGUUCCUGGAUUUGAAGGAAAAGCUCAGGAAAUGCUUCUCAAAGGACUGGAAGAUGGAGCCGCACAGAAGGGGUCAGAUAUCCAGGGCACCCUUUAUCAUCUUCUUCAGAGUGCAGUUCUACGUGGAAAACGGGAGGGCAAUCAGUGACAAGACAGCCCGGCGCCUGUACUACUGCCACCUGAAGGAGCAGGUCCUGAGGUCCAGGUGCAUGCACAGAGAAGAGGCCUACUUUCUGCUGGCUGCCUGCGGACUGCAGGCUGACCUGGGAAACCACCAGGAGACGGUCCACGUGGGCAAGUACUUCGAGCCCCAAGCCUACUUCCCUCAGUGGAUUAUCAACAACAGGGGGCCUGACUUCAUCCUCAGGCAUGUGCCUAGCAUGCACCGUGAACAGCGGGGCCUGAGCCCCAAGGAGGCCAUACUCCGCUUCAUCAGGGAUGCCUGCCAACUUGAGGACGUUCCUGUCCACUUCUUCAGGCUGUACAAGGAAAAGAAGGACGAUCACCCUACCAUCCUCCUGGGACUCACUCUGCAAGGAGUGCACAUCUCUCGGGGGAAGAAGCUGGAAAUCCAACCAGAAGGGCUGCCGGCAACACAGAAGCUGCUGUUCUACACAGGCUACGCCUGGCGCUCCUGCUACCUGCUGCGACUGCUUCGUGCCACACACCAGCUGUACCUCAGCUUGCGGCCUGUGCUGCAGUGGCUCCAAAGGCUAGAGGAGGCAAAAGAGAAGCAGUGCUACCGGGAAUCCUACAUCAGUGACCCACUCGAGUUAGACCUGGACCCACGCAGCAGGAAGUACCUGGGCAAUGAGGACGACGUGGAUGGCAGACAACAUCCCUUCCUCUCCCACGCAGCAGGCACCGAUCCCAACGCCCAGCGUGAGGCGUGUGAGAUGUCCAUGGAUGAGCCCGCGGGGACUGAGAGUCUCUGUGGGACGACACCAUCCAGGAGUUCCUGGAGCAGCUUCAGCAGCCAUGAUACCUGCACCAACAGUGGAGGUGAGCUGUAG